AUGCCAAAUAUAGAAUCUGCAUAACAAAUCAGCAAUAAUUUUAAGCCAGAGAUCAACCAAAAUAUCAUUGAAGAAAACAAGAAUCUCUUUAAUGUAAAUAUCUCAAAGAGCAUUUAUACAAACAAAAUAACUUAGCUUGUUGAAUAGACCUAAUAGAAAUUGACCUUAUAAACAAGAAAUCAACCGCACACUCAUCUAUCAAAAAGUCAAUAAAAACUAUAAAGGAAAUCUCCCAAUUUAUAGAGGGACCAUUCAGAUUUUUCAUCAGAUUUUAAUCAAUAAAAUAGUAAUGAUCCUAAUCAAGAUCCAGUACAAUAAAAAUUGGCUAAAAAUAGGGAAUCAGCAAGAAAUUCAAGGGCGAGAAAGAAGAUUUAUUAUGAAUUAUUGGAAGUGAAAGCUUAAGAAUUAUAGAUAGAAGUGGAUUCACUUAAAUAAUAGAUUUAAAAUUAAUAAAAGUAUACAGAAAUCUGUAAUAAAUCUUAAGAAAAAUUUUAAAUGUUCUUAGAAUAAUAAUAAUUAUUGUUUGAUAAAUUGGAAACCUAUCUAAUUAAAAAUAAAGACAAUAUUGAAAUAGGAAUGAUUUUAGAUGCCUUAAGAUAUAGGACUAAUUCAAAUAGUUAGGAAAGAAAUGAUGCUGCAAGGAAUCAUUUUGAUUAGAUGGUAGAAGUCUGUCUUCCCAUUCAAACUAGAUACUUGAUAUAUGCAUUGGAAAAGAACAAAGACUUUUUUGCAUAACAACCAAAUGAUUAUUCUGAUUGGAUGGUCGACUCAUUCUAAAAGACUGAUAUCAAGCCAGAACAAAUUGUAAAAGUCAAGAGGAUGAAAACUAAACUGCAAAGUGUUAGGAACAAUAUAUCUGAUUCGAUACAUAAAAUAAAAGAGUAAUUGAAGUUAAUAUAGAGUGAAGCCUUGAAGGUUGAUUAGAUGUGGGAGUAAUUGAAGGAAUGUCUAACACCAGUCCAAUUGGGAUCAUGCAUUUUGGCUAUGAGAUAAAAUCAAUACAGAUAGGAAUUAUAAACUUCUUCAUUGUUUUUGCAACUCAAGAACUCUCAAAUGUCAGAUGAAGAAGAAGCAUAUGAUUGUCCUGACUAAUUUACUGUUCCAAACAAUAGAAAACUUAUAAAGAAAUCAUAGAACUGA